AUGUAUAACAUUUUCUGGCCUGGUACAACGAAUUCAUCAUCCGCAGAUAAUGGUGCGCAGAUAUUGUAUCAAUGGGAAUUGAUUCCGGGACAAGUAAUUAGUAGAAGUGGCAGUCCAUAUUAUGCCGAAGCGCAGUUUAACACUAGAAAUUGGCAAAAUACAACUUUUGACACAUAUUUUGCGUCAGCAAUCGGAAAUGGAAUAACUUAUACUCGAACAGGACAUUUUUAA